CUUCCUCGUUGCUGCCAAAUCAUCCGCAAACCAAACCACCUUCGCACUCAAAUUCCUGAGCAAUUUUCGGAGAAUGGCUGAUCGUGGACACUUCAAAAAAGAAGGGGAGGAGGAGGAAGAUGCUGAGGAGGAGCUUGACGAGACCGACUACAAGGCCCAAAAAGAUGCCGUUCUGUUUGCCAUCGAUGUUAGCUCAUCCAUGCUGCAGCGCCCCCCGACGUCGGGCUCCAAGAAGGCGGAUAAGGACAGCGCCGUCGAGGCGGCCUUGAAAUGCGCCUACCACAUCAUGCAGCAGCGCAUCAUCUCGAACCCUCGGGACAUGAUGGGCAUCCUUUUUUUCGGCACUGAGAAGUCCAAGUUCCAAGAGGAAAGUGGUCGUUCUGGUCUGGGGUAUCCGCAUUGCUACUUGUUCACCGAUCUCGACAUUCCCGCAGCAGAGGACGUCAAGGCGCUCAAGACGCUAGUCGGCGCCGACGGAGAAGAAGGCGAGGAUGAAGAUGAGGUCCUGGUUCCGGCGGAGGAGGAAGUCCAGAUGGCCAACGUCUUCUUUUGCGCGAAUCAGAUCUUCACGACUAGGGCGGCGAAUUUUGGCAGCAGGCGCCUGUUCAUCAUCACAGACAAUGACAACCCUCAUGGCAAUAACAAGGACGCCAAAUCGGCAGCCGCCGUUCGAGCCAAGGAUCUCUACGAUCUCGGCGUUGUCAUUGAACUAUUUCCCAUCACGAGAGAAGACAAGAAAUUCAACCUCGGCAAAUUUUAUGACGACAUCAUCUAUCGAGACCAAACCGCCGAGGCCCUCUCCGAGGUGCGGAGCUCAAAGUCAGGGGACGGCCUCACCCUUCUCAAUUCCCUGAUAUCCAACAUCAACUCCAAGGAAACCACCAAACGUGCCUUGUUCUCAAACCUCCCCUUCGAGAUCGCCCCUGGCCUGAGGAUAUCGGUCAAGGGCUACAACGUCAUCCACCGCCAGACGCCAGCCAGAACGUCGUACAUCUACUUGGACGGCGAGAAGCCUCAAAUCGCUAUUGGCGAGACGACCCGGAUAGCCGAGGAUAGUGUCCGCACGGUAGAUAAGACCGAGUUCAAGAAGGCUUACAAGUUUGGCGGCGAAUACGUCCAUUUCGCCCCGGAGGAGCAGAAGUCUCUCAAGGACUUUGGCACCCCCAUCAUCCGCAUUAUUGGCUUCAAGCCGCGCUCCAUGCUCCCCUUCUGGGCCUGCGUUAAGAAGUCCACCUUUAUCUUUCCCUCGGAGGAGGAUUACGUCGGUUCGACCCGCGUAUUCAGCGCCCUGUGGCAGAAGCUUCUCAAGGACAAAAAGGUCGGCAUUGCCUGGGCCAUCACUCGCGCCAACGCGAGUCCAAUCCUCGUCGCCAUCAUUCCCUCCCACGAAAAGUCGGAAGAUGACUCAGGAACUCCCUACCUCCCAGCCGGUCUUUGGCUCUAUCCGCUGCCCUUUGCCGACGACCUCCGCGAGGGUCCUGAGCCGCCCAGCAACCUUGUCGUCAGCUCCAACGAGCUUAUCGACCGCAUGCGCGUCAUCGUCCAGCAGUUGCAGCUACCAAAGGCCAUGUUCAACCCCAAGAAGUACCCCAACCCCUCACUGCAGUGGCACUACAAGAUCCUUCAGGUCUUGGCCCUCGAGGAGGAGUACCCGGAGAAGGCGGAAGACCUCACGGAGCCAAAGUACAAAGCCAUCAGCAAGCGCGCAGGCGGGUACUUGGAUGAGUGGGCAGAGGUCCUGCAGGCCGAAACCAAGAACGCGUUGGCAAAGGCUGCCAUUAAGCGUGAUAUGGACGACGACGAUGACGAGAGGCCUGCCAAGAGGGUGAAGGCGGCGCCGAGGAGCGCGAAGGUGUCCGGGCAGGGGCUGACCACGGCACAGCUCAAGGCGGCCAUCGAUGGCGGCGGCUUGAGUAAGAUGUUGGUGGCGGAUCUGAAGGACAUCCUGGCUGCGAGAGGACAGAGCACGACGGGGAAGAAAACCGACCUCAUCGAGAGGGUCGAGCAAUGGGUUGAAGACAACGCCUGAGAUUGUUAUGGAAUGAUUGACUUUGCAACGACUGUACGAUACCACUUGCGAGCAGCCCAUGAGGAAUGCCAACUAUUCUGGCAACUGCAUUCAUGCACUUAUUAUUUUUUGCUCGGCAGUUUCCUCGCUGGUCAUCCUAUCUCAUCAAUUUGGCCCCCUUCGGUGCCGGAGAAGCUAGCGUAUAAGAUGAUCACAGUUGUUCACUGUGUGACUUCGACUGUUCCUACUUAUAUCUCAGAUUCUGUCCCUCCAACUACCGAGUCACCACCCUGAGGCAUCUAAUGUUUGGAAUCAUCCACAGCCCCUCGGAUCCCGAGACAGUAGAGAAAUCAAAUGAAGAGAAAGAGACAUAAAACCGGUGGAUGGGUGGCUCACCAAGUGCAACAUCAAUACUCAGUCAAGGCGAUCAGGAGAGCAUUAUUAUUAUCAUUGAGCAACUAACUCUUCUACUUCUUCUUCCUUCCGUACUACUGCCCGAAUACGCCAUCGCUCGAGCUAUCAGACAGCACCCUGAACGGGGGGCCACUUUGGAACACCGAGAGGGCAGGCCUCCGGGCUGCUCGUUGUAUCCUUGAUGAUGUCGGCUGCCUGUCAAUAGUGU